AUGUCCUCACAACAGCCGUCUACCACUUCGCAAGCCCGAUUACCAACAGCUUCUGAUGCUUCGAAUCCAAUCAAGAAGAAAAUCGAUGAACUGGUUUCGAUGAAACUUCACAAUGAUGAGGAUUUCAUAAAAAUGAUGGAUUAUGUAGCACCGAUGGUAGGUGAAAUUAAUAUACACACUGAGCGCCGUCUCAUGGAUCAACUACAUGACAACGAAAUUAAAGCAAAUAAGGAAUAUGUUGAGGAAUUCGGCAAGGUGAAUGAAAGUGUGCAAAAUUUCUUCACUCUGGUACGUUCGUUGAAAACGGUUUGUGAUGAUAUGUCAAAUAAAAUUCAAAGCAACAAAGCGAAAACACAAGAUUUACUCACAAAAACAGCUACCCUUCAAGACGAAAAGAAGUCGCUCGAGAAAAGGCAGUUGGUGAUUAAUGAUUUCUUGGAUAAAUAUUCAUUGAGUGAUGAGGAGGAAACCGCAUUAAAGGGUUCCCCAGUUGAUGGAACAGUUGAUUCGAAAUUUUUCGCAGCACUUGAACAUGUGAAACAAAUUCAUGCACACAGUAAACAAUUAUUGCGUACCAAUGGAGAACAUUUAGCCGCGUUGGAAAUAAUGGAGGAGAUGGCGAAAAAACUGGAACAAGCUUACGAGGUGCUAUAUCGUUCCAUCCAAAGAGAAUGCCGCCUAUUGAAUGUAGAAUUCCUGGAACUGAAAGGUGUAUUGGUUCAGUCGAUUGCGGCUAUGCAGGACCGUGAAGUAUUAUUCAAAUAUGCACUUGAAGAGUACACGACUGCGAGAAGAAAUCAUAUCGUUCGAACUUAUAUUGAUGCGUUGACACGUGGAGGUGGUGGAGGAUCAACGAAACCAAUCGAACUUUUAUCACACGAUCCUUUGAGGUAUAUUGGCGAUAUGCUUGCAUGGAUCCAUCAGGGAUUGGCCUCUGAACGUGAACUUUUAGAAACGCUGCUUAAGCUCUGUCGACCAGAAGUAUUGAAUGCACACAUUACCACUGUACUUGGUCAAAUAUCGGAGGCUUUAUGUCGGCCGUUUAAGGUUCGUGUCGAACAAGCUCUUUCAGCAGAAUCGAAUUCAGUUGUUCUCUACCGUCUUUCGUGCCUUUUUGCAUUCUAUGGCGACACCAUGGCUCAGUCAGUGAGCGAAGAUGCAGCUCUUCUGCAGACAAUAAAUGAACUCAAAGAGCUCACAUUAAACAUGUUCUUCAGCGGCCUUAAUUCUUCGGUGCAAAAAUUGCUUGGCAGAAUGGGUACUCCAGACUAUGAUCUGUUGCCUGUACAAGCAGUGCAUCAGAUUUUGCUACUGUUGAGAGAUGUGCUCGAAUCACAUGAUGGUGCUGUGGCCGCAGUAGCGGACAAAAAGGAAAAUUUCUUUAAGAUUUUUGCUGCUGUACUAGAUCCUCUUAAUCAGGCAGUACAGCUAUCAGCCACACAACUCAGUUCACCCUUAGAUGUCGCCGUGUAUACACUGAAUUGCCUAUCUGCUAUCAAUGCCGUCAUUAUUCUCUAUCAGUAUACAGAUUCAAGACUUGAAAUGAUUAAAGCACAGACAGAUGCAAAUGAAGAUGUGCUCGUAAGUGAACAGGUCACUUCGAUUCUCACUCAAACAGGUCUCAUCGAAAUAUACACAAAAGCAGCUGCUCACCAACCCAGCCAAGGUGCUUUAUCGGAGAUAAACGGUAUGGAUGGGUCUCGAAUCUCAAAUGCAAUGACACUUUUCGAUGGUUUCCUCUCUAAUCCGGAUAGUUAUCGACUGGAUCAGUGUGCCAAAAUCUCAUCAGUUCGAGUCAGAGACUCCAUACAACAGAGGACAGUUGAGAAUCUGGUUGCGGCAUACAGUGUGCUCUAUCAAAAACUCGUUGAUCCGAGCAAUAAAUAUUCGAAUUUGUGUCUGAAAACUGUUGAACAGAUUCCAUUCCAUUGUCUAACCACAACAGUUCUGAGAAUGUUUCAACAGAGACGACGUCAACAGAAUUUCGGUGUUUAUUUAUUGGCCUAUCAACUGCUACAAAAUGACUAUAUACCACCAGUGACUUUGGUUGCCAUUCUCUUUCAAAUGGCCGUUUUUCUUGGUUUCGUACCACCAAUUGGACCAUGGAAAACACGGGAAAUGUGUUUGUUACCGUCUCGAAUAAUAAACCGUCAUGAAUGGAUCCGAAUGCUAGCAUCGGUUGUCAUGCAUGGAGAUGAUAUGCAUCUUUAUUAUAAUAUGGUAUCAUUACUGUGGAAGGGUCGUCGACUAGAAAAACGUCUAGGUUCAUGGCGUUUUCUUCUGAUUCUCUUAACGUUCGCCAUAUCAACGAGUAUCGGUAUUGUGGCGUUAAGUGUUCUUGCCACUGAUGUGUUACAUCUCCAUGAUCUGGGGCUUAUGCAUCAAUGUGCUGUGGGAUUUUCAGGUGUAUUGUUCGCAUUGAAAGUGCUUCAUACAACAUAUUUUCCAUACGAGGACGCAAUGUUGCUGGGCUGGAUGCCCAUUCCAUCACGUUACGCUUGUUGGGCCGAACUUAUUCUCAUUCAGCUGUUGGCACCAGAAGCAUCUUUUGUUGGUCAUUUGGCUGGGAUUCUUGUCGGUUUAUUAUACACGUAUGGUCCUUUGAAAUAUUUCGUCGAUUGUAUCGAAGCUGUUUUUCCACUUUCAUUUGGAUUGCCUGGAGAGUUAAAUUCCUCCAAUUAUGGUGCAUACCGUCACCGUCGAAGUUCUCCGCCCAGACGGCCAAACAAUUUCUGGAAUUGGGGAUCCGGAACAACUGGAUAUUCAAGUGGUGAUCAACCCACAUAUGGUUGGAGGGCCGGUAGAGGGAACGGUUACGAUAGGUAUACGGGAGGAUUGAGCGAAGAAGAGCAAAUGCGACGAGCAACUGAAGAAAGUCUACGACGUCGAUCAGCACCCGCUCCCAAUGCACCACCGUAUCCCACUAACGAUGACGACUACAGAUGGAGAUAA